AUGGCAGAUCUGACACCAACACAUAUUAGCUGGCAACCAUCAGUAAAUGCAGGCGCACACCAUACUGACAGAUAUGUCAACACAGAAUUGACUGUGAGGCGAGGACAAGCCUUCGCUAUUACCCUGUACUUCAACAGGCCACAGCAGACUGGGGAGAGUUUAGCAUUUGUCACUGAAAUAGGACCAUCCCCCUCGGAAUCUCAUCAUACAAAGGCUGUAUUUAACCUCUCUGAAGUGGGGGCUAGCGGCUGGAGUGCUGUCCAGGGACCCAGUGAGUCUGGCUAUACAAACUUUACAAUAACCAGCCCAGCCAAUGCUGUCAUUGGGCGAUACAAUCUCAUCCUCCAGGUAACCUCUGGGAACAAGAUAUUCUCCAGAUUCCUGGGGCAGUUUGUGAUGCUCUUUAACCCUUGGUGCCCAGGUGAUGAUGUCUAUAUGGCUAAUGAAAAUGAGAGACAGGAAUAUGUUCUGAAUGAAAAUGGAAUCAUCUUUGUGGGCAAUGCAAAGUACAUUGAAGCAAGAGGAUGGUACUAUGGACAGUUUCAAGAUCCUCUUCUAAACAUUUGUCUCACCAUGCUUGAUCUGAGCCUGUAUUAUCGUCAGGACCCAGCCAUUGAUGUAUCCCGAAGAGGAGAUCCUAAAUAUGUGGGCAGAGUAAUCAGUUCUAUGAUCAAUGGAAAUGAUAAUGAUAAUGGAGUUCUUCUGGGGAAGUGGCAAGGAAGUUUUCAUUCUCAUGAGAAUCCAUCCAGAUGGGAUGGCAGUGUGGUAAUCCUUCAGAAAUGGCGUCAGGACAACUACAAGCCUGUUCAAUAUGGUCAAUGCUGGGUUUUUGCAGGUGUGAUGUGCACAGUUCUGAGGUGUUUGGGGAUUCCAACUCGUUUGAUUUCAAAUUUUAACUCUGCCCAUGACGUGGAUAGAAACCUGAGUAUUGAUAAAUACUACGACAGCUCUGGAAAGAGUCUUAAUAUUGGCAAGGAUUCCACAUGGGAUUAUCACGUCUGGAAUGAAAGCUGGUUUAUUCGCCGAGACCUGGGAACUUUAUACAACGGAUGGCAGGUUUUGGAUGCUACUCCACAAGAACAAAGCAAAGGAUUAUUUCAGUGUGGCCCUGCAUCUGUCAUAGCCAUCAAAGAAGGUGAUGUAGACUUGGAUUACGACACCUUAUUUGUGUAUACGGAGGUGAAUGCUGAUUGCAACAGAUGGAUUGUAUACAAUGAUGGAACUAAGAAGAGAGUUUAUUGUGAUACUGAAAUAAUUGGCAGGUUUAUCAGCACCAAAGCUGUGGGCAGCAAUUCCCGUGUGGAUGUCACUUACAAUUAUAAAUAUCCAGAAGGUUCUUCUGAGGAAAGACAAGUUUAUAAAAAGGCCUGGGCUAAGAUAUUUGGAUCAAAUGUCACAGAAAGACACAGAGAAUCUCCAAGUGAAAGAUCUUCAGAGACAAUUAGAAACCCUGGGAUCUCUGGGAAAUUCAAGUUGGCUGAACCUCCAGUGUUUGGCAAAGAUAUUACGCUAAUCUUGAUUCUUAAUAACCUAUCUUUCGAUCACAAGACAGUGAAGGUGGACAUAAGUGCAUCAACUAUCCUGUAUACAAGAAGAGCAGUGGCAGAGAUCCUGCAGGCAACCACCUCUGUAGAUCUUGGUUCCAAACAAGGGAAACAUAUACAGUUAAAGAUCCCUUAUUCUUAUUAUGGAAAAUAUCUGACUACUGACAAAAGGAUCCAAGUUACUGCUUUGUGUGAAGUCAUGCACAUGCAUGGGGUAAAGCUGCUGGUAGAGAAGACAAUCAUUUUAGAGGACACAAACAUUAUCAUCAAGGUUCCUCGGCGAGUUGUAGUGAACAAAGCAGUUACUCUAGAGAUCUCAUAUGCCAAUCCCCUCCCUGAACCUGUGAACAGCUGUGUACUGCUAGUGACUUUGAUGAAUCAACAGGUCAAGAUACAUCUGGCAGGACUGGCACCAAGGGAGAGAUCAAGAAUUUAUUUUGAAUUCACACCUCGCAGGACUGGACCCUUACAGCUGCAAGUAGACUUCUCUUGUGACAAGUUUUCGCAUGUUAAAGGAUUCGUAACUAUUGCAGUAGCACCUGCAUAACGUGAUGGAGUCAGUUUCCUCUUUAUGCAUUAACAUGACAAGACAAACUUUCCAUAAAAAUAGGUGACCUUUUGCAUUGCAAUAGAAUGAAGUCUCCUGCUUUCACAGGGCUUAAUUAUUUAGUUUCUAAUUGUAUCUCUUUUUUGUCCUCUUGUCUAGAGAAAUGAAGCCUCUUCUUCACAGAAAUACUGAUUCCCUAUUUUAAUCAAAUCUACUCAUUGUAUUAAGCUCUAGGUUUUGAUUUCUUCAUCAGAUAAUUGAUAGAGUCUCUUUGUGAUCUCAUUCUAAUUUGCCAGCAAUAAAUACAAACAUUCAAAUAAUUGUCGUAUUUGUGGUAUGAAUUGUAUAUGCCAUGGAAAUAUAAUUAUGAGAAACCAGAAGACUGAGGAAAUGCUUCCUGAAUUUCACACUUAGAAGAAAAAGAGAACAUUUUCUCCAUUGUUCAUUUUCUUUCUGUAUUUCGUGACACCUAUAGCUCUAUGAAUAGAAAUAAUCAUAACAAGGCUAGACAAAAGUAAUAUUUCUUGCCUACAAAACUGAUACAUACGCAACCACUGGGCACAGGCCUGUCACAGAGGGGAUGACACAGGUACAUAUGCAAUCAGUAACUUAAUUCCCAUGUAAUGUGAAAGAGUCCCAAACAACAUGCAGCACAGAAAUCAGAGCCUUGCAUUAAUAUUGAAGUCCAGCAAUACAAGGUAACUUUUUUUUUUUUUUGCACAUUUUUUGUCCCGGUGACAAGGAGUACAUUUAACUUCAAACCUUCUAAACCUAACCCUUUCAUAGGCAACCCAUACUCCACACAUCCGCCGCGGUGUUUGCACACAGAUGCCUCUUUUGUGGUUUCCUGAUCCAUUGCCAGAUAACAGGUCACAUCUGAAGUACAUGCGUAGCCAUGCGUAGCCUCAAGGCUUUUCUAUUACUCCAGGCAAUUAAGCCUCUCCAGGGACAAUAAUGAAAACUAAUGAAUGACUGGGCAUUGUAACUACCUGACCACACUUCAGAAUUAGGGUGUGAAGUAACAAUGGUGUAGGAAUGCCUUUGCCAAGCAUGAAGAAUUAAGUUUCCUGUCCUACUUGAACAAGGUUUAAAGCAGAAUUAAUAAAGCCAAAGCUUUGAACCCCAAAGCUGUCAAGAGUUAGAUAUGAACAUCUGCUGUCUGACAGAUCAUAAUCCUGUAAUUUCAGGGAGUCCGAGGCAUCCAGACAUGACUGCCCCCCUCUCCUGCCUCUUAUUCCUCAGUCACAUUCUAUCGAAAGUUCGGAACAGUCUGCCAUCUCUUCUCAGGACAAUUUGGCAGAGUGUGUUUCUAGAUAAGUCCAGACAAGAUUAGGGAGAAGAGAGCAACUGUAAUUAGAGCGGGCAGGACUCUCGCCAGAAGAAUAGUUCUAUAGCUUCCACCAGGGCCAAACUCAAGAAGCCAUGCCAAACAGCUACG